AUGGCUGAUUCGAAUCUACCAGACGAGCCAAACCUGCGGGUUACCAUAAUUGCCGCUGAUGGACUCUACAAACGGGAUGUAUUCCGGUUCCCUGAUCCCUUCGCUGUCGCGACGAUUGGUGGAGAGCAGACCAAAACGACAUCAGUCAUUAAAAAAACCCUCAACCCAUACUGGAAUGAGAGUUUUGACAUGAGAGCGAACGAAGAUAGCAUUCUCGCCAUUCAGAUCUUUGACCAAAAGAAGUUCAAGAAGAAGGACCAAGGCUUCCUUGGUGUCAUUAAUGUGCGCAUUGGAUCAGUCUUGGAUCUUGACGCCGGAGGGGAUGAAAUGCUCACUAGAGACUUGAAGAAGUCUAACGAUAACCUUGUCGUUCAUGGAAAACUUAUAAUCAACCUCUCUACCCAUCUGGGCCAGCCUAUUCCGGCUCGGGGACAAAAUCAAUCCGCGAGACCCUCAGUGAGUGCAGCUUCCACAGCAAAUGGGCCCAUUGCCCAACUGCCCUCGAACCCGUUGCCUGUGAACCCCGACCUUCUUGGCCCUGGCGUACACUCGGAAGGUCGAUCGGCUGCUACAAGCCCAACACCGUCUCGAGCGCCCACAACUGCAGCUGCGGCUGCGACUGCAACUGCGACAUCCCUUAAUGGCGCCGGCCAGUCAGCGGCACCUCGUACGUUUAGCUCAUUCGAGGAUAACCAAGGAAGACUACCCGCAGGCUGGGAACGUCGGGAAGACAAUCUUGGCCGUACGUACUACGUAGACCAUAAUACACGGUCAACGACCUGGACACGACCGUCAACCACGUACAAUGAGCGCGACCAACGAAAUCAAAUGGAGGCCAAUACGGCAAUGGAGCGUGCUAGACACCAGAACCGGAUGCUGCCAGAGGACCGUACAGGAGCGAAUUCCCCUAGUCAUGAUCAAACCCCGCAGCCCCAGCAAGGUGGCAGUCCUCAUGCCGGUACCGUCGCACUUGCAACCGGAGCUACUACCGCUGGAACUGGGGAGCUUCCGCCAGGAUGGGAGCAGCGCCAUACCCCGGAAGGGAGACCGUAUUUUGUGGAUCACAAUACGCGCACGACUACCUGGGUUGAUCCUCGGCGGCAGCAAUACAUCCGGAUGUAUGGUCAGAACGCCAACAACACCACAAUCCAGCAACAGCCCGUAUCGCAACUUGGCCCUCUCCCCAGCGGAUGGGAAAUGCGGCUUACCAACACUGCCAGAGUGUACUUUGUCGACCAUAAUACGAAGACUACCACAUGGGAUGAUCCAAGACUUCCGUCCUCACUGGAUCAGAACGUGCCCCAGUACAAGCGAGACUUCAGAAGAAAGCUCAUUUACUUCCGGUCUCAGCCCGCACUGCGCAUUCUUUCAGGCCAGUGCCAUGUUAAGGUCCGAAGAUCACAUAUCUUCGAUGACGCUUACGGUGAGAUUAUGCGACAGAGCGCCACCGAUUUGAAGAAGCGCUUGAUGAUCAAGUUUGACGGCGAGGACGGUCUGGAUUACGGUGGUCUUUCCCGAGAGUUCUUCUUCCUUCUGUCUCAUGAGAUGUUCAACCCCUUUUACUGUCUCUUCGAAUACUCUGCCCAUGACAAUUAUACUCUUCAGAUCAAUCCCCACUCCGGAAUCAACCCCGAACAUCUCAGCUACUUCAAAUUCAUUGGACGUGUCGUUGGAUUGGCCAUUUUCCAUAGACGUUUCUUGGAUGCCUUUUUCAUUGGUGCCUUCUAUAAGAUGAUCCUGCGGAAGAAGGUGACACUGGCCGACAUGGAGGGCGUUGAUGCCGAUUUCCACCGUAACCUCACUUGGACAUUGGAAAAUGACAUCGACGGCAUCCUCGACCUGACGUUCUCUACUGAUGACGAGCGAUUCGGCGAGACUGUCACGAUUGAUUUGAAGCCGAAUGGUCGAAAUAUCGACGUCACCAACGAAAACAAGAAGGAGUACAUAGACCUCAUUACGGAAUGGAGGAUCCAGAAGCGUGUUGAGGAACAGUUCAAUGCGUUCGUUACUGGGUUCAAUGAGCUGAUCCCGCCGGACCUCAUUAACGUUUUCGAUGAGAGAGAGCUUGAGCUGCUCAUUGGCGGUAUUGCGGACAUUGAUGUAGAAGACUGGAAGAAGCAUACCGAUUACAGAGGGUACACAGAGUCUGAUGAAGUUAUCCAGAACUUCUGGAAGUGUAUCCGAAGCUGGGAUGCGGAGCAAAAAUCUCGUCUGCUACAGUUCGCCACUGGCACAUCACGUAUACCAGUCAAUGGUUUUAAAGAUCUGCAAGGCAGCGAUGGCCCGAGACGCUUUACGAUUGAAAAGUCUGGAGAAAUUACGCAACUUCCAAAAUCACAUACCUGCUUCAACCGGCUUGACUUGCCACCAUACAAGACCUUUGAAGUUUUGAACCAAAAAUUGGGCAUUGCCGUGGAGGAAACAGUGGGUUUCGGACAGGAAUAG